AGGGACUGCCCCUCUCAAUUCCACUCGAUUGUAAUUUCAUCCCCGGGCGGGUCGAGCCUCCCUCCUUCCCGCGGCCAGCCCUUCCCUCCCCGUCCGCCUCCUUCGUCGCCCCCGCCCCCGCGAAAAGCCCUGCAGCUUGCAGCAGGCUUCACUCCCGCACGCCGACCUCCCGGCUGCAGUCCUGCCUCUUGUAACUGCCCGGUGGUUCCGGGCCCAGACCCCGAAACCCCCCACCUCCUCGCGCUGGCCCGGGGAUCCGCGGGGGCUGCGUCCCCAACGCGCCCCCGGAGACGCCCUUUCCCUGUGCGCCCGGGACUUGGUGAAACUUUGCAGGCGCCGGCGGCAAAAUGGAUUUAAUCCUAGGCGUCUUGCUCCGGCUCCUGCUCCUGGCUUCCAGCCUCGGACCCGGCGCGGUGUCGCUCCGAGCGGCCAUCCGAAAACCAGGCAAGGUAGGGGCUCCUCUUGACAUCAAGCUGGGCGCAUUGAACUGUACGGCUUUCAGCAUCCAGUGGAAAAUGCCAAGGCAUCCUGGGAGCACCAUCCUUGGGUACACUGUCUUUUACUCUGAGGUUGGCGCAGAUAAAUCCCUGCAGGAGCAGUCGCACAGCGUGCCUCUCAGCCGGGACAUCCCGACCACGGAGGAAGUGAUUGGAGACUUGAAACCAGGCACUGAAUAUCGCGUGAGCAUAGCAGCUUACAGCCAGGCUGGCAAAGGGCGGCUGAGCUCUCCUCGGCAUGUCACCACUUUGUCCCAAGCCUAUUCCUUGGUAAUGGAAAGCAGAUACUUGUUUCUUCAGAGGCCAGAUUUCGACAAGAGGUGGACCUUAAUCCGUGAGCGGAUCCAGAUGGACUCCAUGGUUAUCAAGGGCCUCGAUCCAGAUACCAACUACCAGUUUGCCGUGAGGGCAAUGAAUUCCCAUGGCCCCAGCCCCCGCAGCUGGCCCAGCGACAUCAUCCGGACCCUCUGGCCCGGUGCUCCUCUGGGUCCUCUUUACCCUGAAAAGGUGCUGUCAGAAAGGAGCCAGCACUGGUAG